UUACCUUAUUCAGCCUCAGCUUCAACGAGAAGAGAGAGAAAGUUAGAGAGAGAGAGAGAAAGAGGUGGUUGCCAUAUACAAAGGAGGAGAACCCUAGGAGAGAGAGAGAGAAACUUUGCUUCCAUUUCAAGCCCUUUUCGCAUUGCGUUUCGGGAUCUCGAAUCUUCAAUCUACAAAGGUGUUGGUUCCGUUUUUAUGGCAAAUUCAAAGGGCUCCUCGGGCAUCAGAAAUUUGAUGUAUUCUGGAAAGCAUGCUCUGCUUCCUCCUAAAAUCCCAUUCCCUAGUGUUUCCCAAGCUUAUGCUGAUUAUAUGCCGAAUCCUACAGUAGGUUCAAAGGUUGCGCAGAGACCAAGAGAGGGAAAUGGAUUCCACCAACGGACAUCAUCUGAGAGCUUUAUUAUAGAGGAACAACCCUCAUGGCUUGAUGAUCUCCUUAAUGAGCCAGAGACACCUGUUCGAAGGGGCAGUCAUCGGCGUUCAUCCAGUGAUUCUUUCGCCUACCUGGAAAACACUAAUGUUUCUAACAUCGGUUAUGCAGAUAAGGAUGAGUUUAAAUUUAGGAAUUUAGGACCUAUUCCUUCUUGGUCACCUCAAGACUUAAAUCACAGCAAAGAUGUUCGUCAUAUGCCCAUGUAUGCAGAAAUGAACUCAACUAAAAUAAAAAAUAGGGCAUGGGACUCUUGUUUGAAUCCUCCCACACAUCCAGGUGGUGUUCCUGCUGUCAAAGAAAAUGUUGCUUUUCAGAAUUCAGGACUGUCGUGCCCGCCACAUGAAGCAGAUGGGAUUCCAUCAACGGCCAAUGAAAAGCAUGAUGUCGUAGAAUCUGGUUCACAGGAUGCAAAAUUAUCUUCAGAAAGAAAGGAUGGUUCAAAUGCAAAGUCAUCUGCUACUGAAACAGAUUCAAAACGUGCUAAACAGCAAUUUGCUCAGCGUUCACGAGUUCGUAAACUUCAAUACAUAGCUGAAUUAGAAAGAAAUGUACAAGGUUUACAGGCCGAAGGAUCUGAAGUAUCUGCCGAGCUUGAAUUUCUUAACCAGCAGAAUCUCAUCCUGAGUAUGGAGAACAAAGCUCUCAAGCAACGGUUAGAAAGUUUAGCACAAGAGCAGCUUAUCAAAUAUUUGGAGCAGGAAGUACUGGAAAGAGAGAUCGGAAGAUUACGUGCAAUGUAUCGGCAGCAACAGCAGCAGCCACAGCAACCCUCUGCCAGCCAUCGGCGCACAAAUAGCAGAGACCUUGAAUCCCAGUUUGCUAACCUUUCUCUAAAACACAAGGAUGCCGGUUCAGGGCGUGACCCUGUUACUGGCGCACUUCGAAUUUAGAUUUGCUGUAGCUGUAGCUGUGUCUUGCAUCUUCAUUCAACCGGUGUUGCAUCGCCUGUCACCAAAUUGCACCCUCUCCCUCUGCGGGAUUGUGCAGAGAUUUCCAGU